AUGGACGUUGACGCCUCCAGUCUCCGCUCUCCUCCGUCCAUCCUCAUCAACAGGCAUUCUAACAGAUUAGACGUCAACGCCGUCAAACACGUCGGCGAAAGGGCGGUGGAGAAGAAGAAGAGGGCAACCUUAACCUCGGAGUUGGGAAAACAUGGAGCCGUCGGUGUGAGAAGCCCGUUUUUCUUAAAGUGGAGGGUGGGGGAUGUAUUUGGUGUGGUGAGGCGCCACCCCAUACCGUGUGUCUUCUCCGUCUUGCUCUUCUUCUUCAUGCACGUCGAGUAUACUCUCCGCAUGACCCCGCCCGGUUCUCCGCCGUUGGAUUUCGGUUUCGUCGUCACCGUUCCUCUGAAUCGCUUGCUUGCUUCUCGCCCCGACAUUAACAAUCUUCUUGCUGCCCUCAAUACGGUGUUUGUGGCAAUGCAAUCAUGGUACAUAUUAUGGGCGUGGUUGAUUGAGGGUCGUCCAAGAGCUACAAUCUCAGCAUUGUUCAUGUUCACUUGUCGUGGAAUUCUUGGAUACCUUACUCAACUACCUUUGCCCGAGGAAUUCUUGGGAUCUGGCGUUGAUUUUCCGGUAGGGAACACGUCGUUUUUCUUGUUCUUUUCCGGCCAUGUUGCUGCGUCGGUUAUUGCUUCCCAAGAUAUGCAACGGGUGAAGAGAUCAAAGUUGGCAUUCACAUUUCAUGUACUCAACUUGUUGCAAAUUGUGAGGCUGCUAAGCACAAGGGGUCACUACACCAUCGACUUGGCCGCCGGUUAUGCUGCCGGAAUUCUGUUUGAUUCUUUGGCCGGAAAGUAUGAAAACUACAAGAAUAAGCAAAUCUCUUCAACUAAUCCCACUUCUUGUCCUGUUGGAAUUAAUUCCAAAAAUGAAAAUAGUGAUAAUUAAGUAACAUUAGACUUCAAUUAAGUCUUUUUUUUUUUUUUUUUUUUUUUAAGUCCAAAGGAAACUCGCUUUGUGAUCUUAGACGGCAAAAGAGUACAAGGAAGUAAAUCAGCUUAGAUUGUUUAUAGCUGAUAAAGUUCAAAUUAAGAAUGUCAAUA